AUGCUGUGCUCCAUGCUGUGCUCCGUGCUGUGCUCCAUGCUGUGCUCCAUGCUGUGCUCCAUGCUGUGCUCCAUGGCUGUGCUCCAUGCUGUGCUCUGUGCUGUGCUCCAUGGCUGUGCUCUGUGCUGUGCUCCAUGCUGUGCUCCAUACUGUGCUCCAUGCUGUGCUCCAUGCUGUGCUCCAUGGCUGUGCUCCAUGCUGUGCUCCGUGCUGUGCUCCAUGGCUGUGCUCUGUGCUGUGCUCCAUGCUGUGCUCCAUGGCUGUGCUCUGUGCUGUGCUCCGUGCUGUGCUCCAUGGCUGUGCUCUGUGCUGUGCUCCAUGCUGUGCUCCAUGGCUGUGCUCCGUGCUGUGCUCCAUGCUGUGCUCCAUGCUGUGCUCCGUGCUGUGCUCCGUGCUGUGCUCCAUGCUGUGCUCCAUGGCUGUGCUCUGUGCUGUGCUCCAUGCUGUGCUCCGUGCUGUGCUCCAUGCUGUGCUCCGUGCUGUGCUCCAUGGCUGUGCUCCAUGCUGUGCUCCAUGCUGUGCUCCAUGGCUGUGCUCUGUGCUGUGCUCCAUGCUGUGCUCCAUGGCUAUGCUCUGUGCUGUGCUCCAUGCUGUGCUCCAUGGCUGUGCUCUGUGCUGUGCUCCGUGCUGUGCUCCAUGCUGUGCUCCAUGCUGUGCUCCGUGCUGUGCUCCGUGCUGUGCUCUGUGCUGUGCUCCAUGCUGUGCUCCAUGCUGUGUUCCAUGCUGUGCUCCGUGCUGUGCUCCAUGCUGUGCUCCAUGGCUGUGCUCCAUGCUGUGCUCCGUGCUGUGCUCCGUGCUGUGCUCCAUGGCUGUGCUCCAUGGCUGUGCUCCAUGCUGUGCUCCGUGCUGUGCUCCGUGCUGUGCUCCAUGCUGUGCUCCAUGCUGUGCUCCAUGGCUGUGCUCCAUGCUGUGCUCCAUGCUGUGCUCCAUGCUGUGCUCCGUGCUGUGCUCCAUGGCUGUGCUCUGUGCUGUGCUCCAUGCUGUGCUCCAUGCUGUGCUCCAUGGCUGUGCUCUGUGCUGUGCUCCGUGCUGUGCUCCGUGCUGUGCUCCGUGCUGUGCUCCAUGCUGUGCUCCAUGCUGUGCUCCGUGCUGUGCUCCAUGCUGUGCUCUGUGGCUGUACAGUCCCACAAGGGCUUGUCGGCCUGGGAACAUGAUGCAGUGGCAGACUCGUAG